AAUUUUCAACUAAGAUUGGGCUGGCCACACUGAUCGCUAAAUAAAAGGAAACGUGCUGUUUUUUAAAGUUUUUUCGAGAAAUAUUUGUUAUUUUCAAAAUGGAGAUGAUGCACGGAGCCUCCAUGCUGUCCAGGCCAGCGGACGAGUUUGGCAACGAUUCGAUGGUUGAAGAAAUGUGGGCCGCUAAAGCUCUGGAACAUGCCGAGGUUCAUUUCAAGCUUCUUACCAGCGUUCAUCCCUCCCAGCUGCGACUCACGCCCUAUGACGAUCAGAUCUAUGAAACCUUUCGCCAGGACUUUCCCGAUCUCAAAGUGGGCCUGCUAACAGACGACGUACUAAAAUCUGCUGUGGAGAAGCUGAAGUGGCGUGAGUUCGCCGAGAAAUUCAACAAAAUGGAUGACUAUUCCACUUCACUUGGGACACUGAUGAGGGCCGAUGCCAGCCAAGAGUUCAGCCCGGACAUUUCCAUUUUUGUGUUUCGCGUACAGUUCCUGGCCGUAGAGAUUGCCCGCAACCGGGAGGGACUCAACGACGAGGUCCAUGCGAAACAUAAGCCUGCCAGAAAGACCACCCAAGAGGACACCAAGUGAACCUUCGCCUCCGUUUAAGUCUCUAGGUUAUCGGCAUUUGGAUAUUUCUAAGCAAUAAAUGCAUUUUUAGACGUUGAU